AUGGCGUCGGCGUCGACGACGGCGACGCGCGCGGGACCGAGCCUUCCCCAGCGCGUCCUCGCGCGCCGUCUCAGUUUGAACGCGCUCGCGUCGCACGCCGCGCGGCGCGUCGCCGGCUCGCGCGCGUCGUCGUCGUCGUCGUCGUCGUCGUCGUCGUCCGCGGCGUCGGCGUGCGCGGUUUCGUCUCAUCUCGUCGCGCGACGCGCCGGCGCAGCGCUCGCACUCGCGUCCGCGGCCGCGGUACCGCGCGGCGGCGACCUCGUCCGCACUGAUCCACUCCGCGGCCGCGGUUUUGACGCGCCGCGUCACGUCGCGCGCGCGGCGGGCGGCCAGGGCGGCUACCUCCUCGGCGGUCGCAAAUCGAAAGAUCGAUACUCGGACGCCGCCGCGCGAGUGCCGCCGUCUCCAGAGGAGUCUCUCGACGACGAGGAGAACGCGCGCGUGAGGCGCGCGCGGUUCGAAGAGGAAGAGCGCCAGAGGUACAAGAACCUCCCCGUGAAGAUGAAGAUUCGAUAUGCGCUGAGGCGGCUCGAUAGGUGA